CCAGUUGUUUCACUUUGUAAUGCUAUGAAUUAAACUCUCAUAUAUUUACCUCUCUCAUUGUUACUGCUUAAUAUUUAGACGGUGUGAAUGUGAGGUUGGUUGGUGGUCACAGUCGCUGUGCUGGUAGAGUGGAGGUUCUUCAUAGAGGUCAGUGGGGAACAGUGUGUGAUGGUGACUGGGAUUUGGCUGAUGCUGCAGUGGUGUGUAGAGAACUGGACUGUGGAGAACCUGUAGAUGCUCUGAGUGAUGCUCAUUUUGGACAAGGAUCAGGACCAAUCUGGAUGAGUUUUGUCAGGUGUACUGGAUCAGAAUCUACACUGAAGAACUGUGGGUCAGGAGGAUGGGGUAGAAGCACCUGUGAUCAUACUAAAGAUGCUGGAGUCAUCUGCUCAGAAGUCAGACUGGUUGGAGGUUCUCGCUGCUCUGGGAGGUUAGAGAUACUUGAUAAUCAGUCGUGGGUUUCAGUGUGUGCUGCUGCCUUUGACCAGCAGGAUGCAGAGGUUGUGUGUAGAGAGCUGGACUGUGGGAAUCCUGUACAGGUGCUGGGAGAAGGUGAUUUUGGAAAAGGAGACGCUCAGAUGUGGACACAAGAGAUUCAGUGCAGAGGAAAUGAGUCUCAGAUUCAUCUCUGUCCAACAUCACCAUUAGAAGAAAACAACUGUUCACAUGAGCACAACAUUGCUUUGCAGUGUACUGACAUAAUAAAUGUGAGGUUGGUUGGUGGUCACAGUCGCUGUGCUGGUAGAGUGGAGGUUCUUCAUCGAGGUCAGUGGGGAACAGUGUGUGGUGUUGGCUGGGAUUUGGCUGAUGCUGCAGUGGUGUGUAGAGAGCUGGACUGUGGAGAACCUAAGUCAGGCUGGUUGGAGGUUCUCGCUGCUCUGGGAGGUUAG